AGAAAAGCAGAUGCGUCGUGGACACUGUUCACAUUUGUUUUCAAGCGCUUGAACGCGGCAGAGGUGUACGACUGUAUCGUAAUCCUGGCGAGAAGCAAACCAUAGUUCUUUCCUGUUCUUCUUCUUCGUCUUCUUCAAACCAAAGACCAGCGGCGGUGUGGAUGAAUGUCGAUCUAGUGAUUGGUGGUGUGUUUGCACUAGGUGACAAAGCGAGAUAGUGUUGUGUGCGUGCGUGUAGAAAGGUGCAUCCAGUGCGGCGGCAGCAAUUUGCAAUCAAAGUAGACAAAUCUUUUCACUCUGACGUCAGCGCAUAAAGCUGGAGAGUGUGUGUUGUGUAAGUGUGUCUUCUUUAUUCAGCGAGGCGAUCCCAAAAUCUAGCGGUGACAGCUAGAGAAACAUUCCAACCGGUUUUUAAUGCUCGCGAGAAGGUGGUGACACCCGGGAAUGUCGGAAAGUCAAUAAACACUCACACACAUCGUGGGGCACGGCAGUGAACAAAACCUACUCUAGGCAGGGGAAGAAAAUUAACAUUCGCGCUCUCGAUCGAUUACCGAAGGAAAGUUGUGAAGAGUCACGGGGAGCUAAAAGAAGAACAGCAACACCAAAAAGGAGCAACGAUUAACACCGAUUCCACCGGGUGUGCGAAGUGAAAGAAACACAAGGCAACCAUCGUACAGUGAGGCACAAACGAAGCGCUACGCGUUGCCUUCACCAAUAAUAAGCUAAAACUUCCCCAAACCUGGCGGCCGAUUGUCGGUAGUUUUGUCUGCUGCUUCGAGUUGCAUCACGCACCCGGCUCUUCUUUGACCACCCGUAAGAUACACCAACACAGACAACCAUGUUUUCCCCCCUGUUACGGUUGGGCGGCAGCGGUUUGGUGGCGCGGGCGGCCGCAUCACAGGCCAACCUGCUUCCCUUCGGCGUCACGCGCAGCAUCUCCAAGAGCAGCGAGGUGAACAAUUCCGACUUUAUGACGAUCCGGACGGAGAGCCAGAACCAUCCGAAGACGACGGCGGCCAGUAGCCGCAACUGCGACAGCAAGCAACAGAUAAGACUGAAGAAGGUGUCGAGAACUCUGUCGACGCUCAACUCAUCCGUGCCGGAAGCGGCCGCACAUACGGCCGUCCCGAAGAGCGAGAGCCGCGAAUUUAUGGCCGUCUUUCCCGAUGUGGUGCGUGACCUGACCGCUUACGCCAGCAAGUACGACAAGAACGUGGCAACCAAAUGGUUCGUAAAGGCGCUCCAGUACAAUGUUCCGCAAGGGAAGAAGAAUCGUGGAUUGGCGUGCGUACUUGCCUACCGGAUGCUGGCCCGUCCGGAAGAACUUACACCGGAAAACAUUCGAAGGGCACAGUACCUUGGAUGGGCGAUUGAGAUGCUUCAUUCGAUGUUCCUGAUCAUGGAUGACGUGAUGGAUGGUAGCGUGACGCGCCGCGGUCAACCGUGCUGGCACACGCUGGACGAUGUGAAGCUGGCGGGCGUGAACGAUGGCAUCAUGAUCGAGGCGGCCAUCUCGAACCUGAUCAAGAUCCAGUACGGCAACGAGCCGUACUAUCCGCGGCUGCUGGAGCUGUUUAAUGACAUGAAGUUUAUCACGACAAUCGGCCAAUCGCUCGAUCUGCGUUCGGCCAAGCUGGACGUGACGGACUACACGAUGGAUCUGUACAAAUCGAUCGUUUUCCACAAGACUGCCUACUACACGUUCUACCUCCCGGUUGCGGCGGCCAUGCAUCUUACUGGCUACACCGAUCCGGAGAUGUUCCGACAGGCGAAAACGAUUCUGCUUGAAAUAGGACAGUUCUACCAGACGCAGGAUGAUUUCUUCGAUUGCUUCGGUGAUCCGGCCGUGAUCGGUAAGGUUGGCACCGAUAUUGCGGAGGGCAAGUGUAGCUGGCUGGCGGUGGUGGCGAUGCAGCGCGCGACCGAGGAGCAGAAGGAGAUCAUGAAGGCGUGCUACGGAUCAACGGACCCCGAGAACAUUGCCCGAGUGAAGAAGCUGUACGAGCAGCUCGGCCUCCCGACCACCUACAGCAUCUACGAGGAAGAAUCGUACAACAUGAUCAAAACGCACAUCCAGCAGAUAUCGCGUGGCCUGCCACACGAACUGUUCUUUAAGAUAAUGGAGAAAAUCUAUCGACGCGAAGCGUAAAUUUGAAGCAACCUAAAGUAAAAAUCAAGCUCGCAAUAAUGUUGUACUAACAAGUCAAGUGUGUGUUUGUUUGUUGGUCCCUAAAUUGUCCCUUCCCGUGUCGAAUCUUGCUGUGGUAGCGUGGCGGUAAACGGUGAAAGUAUUUUCUUUAGGUCACAACAUGGCAGACCGCGCACACACCGGAAUCGAAUUGUGUUCGUGUAGAGUGUAAAAGGUUUUUAGAAAAUCUUUCACAUAAACGGUAAAAAAAGGAAAAUCAUGAGGAAAAAUGAAGGAAGCAAAAGAAAAAAGAGGUUUAUUGGGAAUUCUAGAUUCACAACUAGAGUAGUGUAAAGGUUAUUGUGAUUGGUUAUUGAGAAGAGAAAAAAUGGUGUACAGACACGUAGUACACAGACAGGAUAGAAACACACACACACACACAUACACAUUGCUUUCCCAUCCCCCCUACUUUCUAGUACACUUUUUCACGUUCUUGUGUCCACAGUGGAGGCAUCCUCUGCAUUUCGGAACUUUCUAUUACAAUCCACCUACAAUGUAACAUCAUGGACAUCUCUCCCUCUCUCCUUUCAACGGUGUAAAAGGUACAUCCCGAUGAAACAUUCCUUUACAAUGCCACCGCUUGUACUACAAGCAGAGAAUUCGAACCCCCCUCCCAUUCCACAUCGCCAUGAUUCCAAUGUUCUUGCAGGUGUUUGCAACCUAGAACAGAACGAACUCAUAACAGAUUGGUAACGAGCUGCUAGAACGAGGCAUACACGAAACUCUACGACACACCUCAGCAGACACAAAACAGAAGAACCCCCAAGGCAGGCCAGGAAGUAAUUUUAGCCAGCAAGAUGGAUGCGCAAUACGGUUGCUACAACUGCAAUAAUGGAGCUCUGUAGUGUAGGUACUGGUAAGGGCAACUAAACACGCAGCUUUAGUAAGAAUCCGUAACACAGCGCUGUCUGACCCACAGAACAUCCCGCGAUCUCUGGAGACAACAGACAGUCUUCCGGGGUUUUUGGGAAGAUCGUAAGGAGGACAGAAACGGUCAAUUUUAGGUUUCUUGGUUGGUGGAACUUGAGUGGACGAAAUUGCAGGAGAAAUACGAGAAAAAGAUACGAUACAGAAGACCAGUCAGAGGAAAGCUAUGAUGAUGAUGAUGAUGAUGAUGCAAACAGCAAGUACGCGUUAAGUAUAAGAUUGGUUGAUGAUAAGAGGAUCAAAAGCGAAGGGAGUUUUUGAAGGUGAGAGGACUUGAUCAUUGGAUGGAGUAAACAUUAUGUUUUCUUAUUGUCUAUUAUUAAUAAAAAAAAGGAAAAAAAUUCA